GCAUUCUGGGACACAAACAGUGGCUUUAAGAGCGACAGCGGCGGCCGUGGAAGAAGGAGGGAGACGGAGGAACAACAACACCCAGUCCGAGGCAACAGCCAGCCGGGAGCGGUGGUGGCAGCAGUGACGGCGGGGGUUCGCUGUCACGUCCUCGCGCUCCUGUCCGUAGUUUCCUGUGCGUGGAGAGAGUGGCGCUCGGAGGCCGGCGGCGGAGCUUUUCGCUCUCUGGAAAUGCAACGUUGGAGUUUUCUCCACGCAGGAGCGAGCUAGUGAGUUAGCCGCGCCGUGAUUUAUGCUAGCGCGCUAGCCGGACCGGAUCGCUGCGGGAGCGACGAAAGUUGACGCCCGCCGGAGCAGCUCUUCUCCUUCUCCCCCCCUCCCCACCCCACCUCCAGCAUCCCGGCUCCUGUCCUCAAACGGCUCCCGUCUCUCCCGCCCGGGACCUCUGCCGCCUCCAUCCGCCGAUUCAACCUUGUCCGGAGCCGAGUGAUGACAACUCCGAAUAUGGCGAGUGUUUCAGACUGCGAUGAUAAAAUCGGCUCCUUCAAGUCUCUGCACUGGCAUGUCGACCAACUAGCAUACCCGAGAUAAGCCUCAUCACGCCGGAGCUCCCUGUAAUGGCCCGGGAGACUGACACCUCCUCCCCGGUUCUGGCUUCAGCCCUGCUGGCAGAGUAACACAGUGAUGGGUCGCGUCUGCUGAAGUCAUCUUCUGGAAAGUUUAUCAAUAGUUGUUUUUUUCUUAAUGAACUUGUCCUCGAUGUAAAUCUUAUCUGGACACCUCUGACAUCUCAGCUGUCUCCAGGUCCCGUGAACCCUGCUGCUGGUCCCCCAAAGCUGACCGCAGGGGGCCACCAUGUCCAUGUCAGGGGCCACGACCGUGCAGCUCUUCACCAAGCUUGUGAAGCAUGCAGUGGGCAAGACGCAGAUCCAGCUGAACCGCUGGCUGCAGAGGACUGCCACGGACGAGUGUGACAAAAUCGACAUCCUGAUAUGCAGCGCCUUCGAUGAGAGAGGGGUCGGCUUGGGGAAAUCAGACAUCGACCCUGAGGUGGUCGGUGAGGCAGGAGGGACGACCUUCACCAGCAACAGCGGAGAGUUCAGACACCCGUGCUGUAUCACCACCUUCUGCUUCAAGAGCGCCCUGCUGGCAUGCAUCCUCACUGCUGUGUGCUUCUCCUCUGUUGCCCUGGUGCGACAAUACCUCAAGGACCUCCUGCUCUGGGUGGAGAGCUUGGAUAGCCUGGUUGGAGCCAUGCUGUUUAUAGUUGGUUUGAUCAUCGUGUCGUUCCCUUGCGGAUGGGGAUAUAUUGUUCUUAAUGUGGCAGCUGGCUACCUCUACGGCUUUGUGCUGGGCAUGGGACUCGUGAUGGUGGGGGUUUUAAUAGGGACCUUUGUGGCGCACCUGGUGUGCAAACGACUAUUGACUGACUGGGUGCUGAACAAAGUUGGGAACAGUGAACAGCUCAGUGCUGUCAUCCGUGUGGUGGAGGGAGGAAGUGGACUCAAAAUUGUGGCCUUAGCAAGACUCACCCCCAUUCCCUUUGGGCUCCAAAAUGCAGUUUUCUCGAUCACAGAUGUGUCCUUGCCAAACUACCUGGUGGCCUCCUCUGUGGGUCUGUUGCCCACGCAGCUUCUCAACUCCUACCUGGGCACCACGCUUCGCACCAUGGAGGACGUCAUAGCAGAGCAGAGCGUCAGCGGCUACUUCGUGUUCAGCCUCCAGAUCGUCAUCAGCAUCGGCCUGAUGUUCUACGUCGUGCACCGCGCUCAGCUGGAGCUCAACGCCGCCAUCGCCGCCUGCCAGAUGGAGUUAAAGUCGUCGCACAUGAACGGCUCGUCCGCCAACCACGGCGGCUUCACCUACUGCAGCAAGAGAGCGAUGGCCGGCAGCGGGAACUGCAUCAACGUGGUCUGAGCAGCAGCUCCGGUCCGGAUGAAUUGUAAAACUGCUGAGCUUCAAAGAAACGCUGAGUUUCAAGCAUUUCCAGGACAUGUUGGUGGCAGAGCUUUUUUUUUUUUUGUCUUGACAUCUCAUUUGCAGGUGGGGGGGGGAAACCGCCUCAGUCAUGUUCAGUCAGUCCAGCGUUUAGAUGGGACCAUGCACCUUUGAAGAAAUGGUGCUGAUGAAAACCGUUUUGUACGACAUCAUCUCCAGAGUAGUUUUUUUUUUUUUUUUAAAUUUUUCAACUCCUUUUAAUGAAGGUACUUUGUGACAUUUACUCUGUUACAGAAGCCGUCAGUGAUGUUUAAAGGUGUAGUGAGUGAGGCACUGGCUUGCCUGCUGUCUUUAUGAAUGUGCAAUCUGGAGCUUUCUAGAGAACCAAGGAAUUCAUUUUCCAUUUCAGUGUCAAAAAAUACCAACCUAUGCACCUUUGUUUCAUUUUCAGGAGAUUUUUAUUCGGGUUCCUGCUUCCCUGCAUCGAGUAUUCAUUCACAAGAGAAUAAUGAGGGCAUUAUUUUUUGAUUGAAUGAUUUGGCUUUUUUUUUUUAGCAACCGUUCAUUUUGAAAGUGUCUUAUUAUUUUGGAGGAAUGAGGAAGGAGGCCUCUCUGAAUGAUUCCUCUUGGCUUCUGACCACAGCGGCCGAAUCGGUCCCGCCUGCCCGGAGAUCAUUUUCACACUCAAGCAGUUGUGACGUGAGCAGCUGGACCGGAGGGCAGGUUUCGCAGCGGGAAACUCAGGAAUGUUUCUGGCUGGACGUUCGAAGUGCAGCGUGGUCGGCCCCUCUGCGGCGAAGCCACGCGCCGCGCGACAAAACCAGUCACACAUUGAACUAAAACUCAGAUGUCAAGCUUUCCAUUCAAUGUUUAGAAUGAUCUCACUUACAUUUUUUAAAUGUUUUCUCUCUUUUUUUUGUUUAAUUUGGAUAUGAGAUUAUCCAAAAAAGGAUUAUUCCAUAAUUUUAGUUUAAAUGGUACUUCUGAUAAUUCAGUGCAAUACAUCGAGGAAUGAUGAUGAUGAUGAUGAUGAUGAUGUUGAGAGGCAUGAAUGUCAUAUUUCUGUGCUGAAACCAAACUAAUCAGAAAAGCUCUCAUGCAGACGAAACCAGUGAAACCGAAGUCUGUAUUGUCUUUGUUUUACUCACACUAGAUAAUGAAUAAGCUAGAUGAGAUAAAGGGGCUUUUAUUUUGUAAUGUGCCAUCAUUUGGUGAAGCAGUCGGUACGUCAUGACCCGCCGAGAUGAGGCUACAUGUGACUUAUUACUUAUUUCUAUUUUUUUUUAACCUAGUUGUCAGUAAUGAUAGACAUUACCUGUUUUCGCUCUUAAUACAACAGCAUCGCUCUCAUGCUGUGGGUUAUUUUGCACAGAACAAGCAUUAUUUUCAUCCACACACGUUAAACUAGGAAGGGGUUUGCUUGCUCAUAAGUCGAGCCAGAUGCGUCUCAGAAACUGACAAUCAAACAAAACGUGGACUCCCAAGUGAUGAAUGCGUUACGACUUUUUAUUUUUACAUUUCUUGUGAUGCUGCUCCUCAGACUCGGCUGACUGAGGGAAAUUAAGGGCUCCUACACACGAAAUAUCCAUCUUUAUGUCCCCAAAUUGUCCAAAAAAGCCUGUUUUGUGAAGGUGACGCAUUGUCAGCUCAAUUUUUUUUCUCCAUUUUUCCCCUCUAAAAGCCGAAACAGACAUUUGUCCAAACACAUUCCAUACUGUCAGUCCUCUGAUGAGCUGUUUUCAUGCUAAAUGUUAGUUUAAAGCCCCUUCCUGUUUGAAUAUAGCAAUAAUAUUUGACAAUUAAAAGCAAAAAAAAACAAAAAAACAUCUGAUCAAAAUCCCACUAUUGAGCAAAU